AUGGGCGCGCCGGGCAAGCGCAUGAGGCUCGGCACCAAAAGCUGCGCCGAAUGCCGCCGGCGCAAGGUCCGAUGCAUUAUUCCGCCAGGACAGGACCGGUGCGAUGCCUGCCAGGCGCACGGUAGCAGCUGUGUGCCACAGGAAAAGCAGCUGGACGGCGAUGCUUCCCCAGUGUCUGGCAUAGACGACGUAGCAGCACUCAAGAAGAGGCUGGAUGAGUUGGAGACGCUCAUGAGGGGUCUUCCUGGGGAUAUGCUCAAUCGCCCUUCGUCUAUCGGCACCACCUUCCAGCAGCAACAGCAGCAGCAGCAAGAUCAGCAGCAGAGCCCGAUUUAUUCAUCUCUGGUCGACACGGCACAUAUUGUCCCUGCAUUUCAGAACUCUCCAUUGAUCAGCCUCUUCAACGAAUCCUCCAUCUUUGACCCCAUCACUCAUACGCACACGGUGCCGGGACCUCUCACACCUACUGCCUCUUCAAGGCUGCGCCAGUGUCUAGCCCAGUUCGCCUCUUAUCUGCCUCGGCCAGAGAGAGUCGUGAAGCUCUUUGAGGGGACGCAGCAAUACUGGUCAAUUUGGCCGCCCUACUUUUACGGCCCCGGCGACGCAGACUGUCUCGGGCCCGGCCAGGUGCCAUUGGCAGAAAAGACAUUUCACAAUGCGCUCGUCUCGGGCCAUCCGGGACAGACGGCCAAGGCUAUCCUAUUUUUGUCGCUCUGCAUACAGCAGACGCCGAAACGCCUCAUACAGAGUCUGAUACCGCCGUCCAUCCAACAGCAGGAACUGGUGGACACAUACAUCGAGACGGCGCAGACACUGCUCUUGCUGGACACGGAAGCCGCCGGCGGCACGCUCGACAGCGUCGAAGGCAUGAAUAUGCUCUAUAAGCUCUGUAUCAACAGUGGCCGGCCGCAGCGGGCCUGGUCCUGGAACCGCCAGGCCAUCACUGCCUCGCUUAGUUGCGGACUGCCGAGCAAAGUCACACGCGCUGGCGAACGCUCCGCACAGGCGUGGGCUAUCGCCUGGCGAGCUGAGCGCUUUAUGGCAAUGACGCUUGGCCUACCGUCCUCCACUUCUGCUCUCCAUCCAGGUCUUGAACCUUUGCAGGACGAAAACACGGUGAUGGCGAUUAUGUACUACGUCGCCGUCGUCUGCGGUAAGAUCAUCGAUCGGGACCAGAGCCGUGGCGGUGGUCGCAGCCACUACGCCACCACAAUUCAACUUGGCGAAGACAUUGAGGAUGCCAAGCGACAGCUCUUUCCCGCACAGUGGUGGACCGACGGCCACCUCUCGCCCGACCUCGAUCAGGCGGCCGGGUGGUACCAGCAGUCGACCAAAAUCAUUUUCCUGACAGCCCUCAAGGUCGCGCACCUGCCGUACAUGCUGCGCGCGGCCACGGAUAGGCGAUACGGGCCGAGCUGGGACGCAGCCAUGGGUGCCGCGCGGGACAUCUGCGUCGCGUACUGCGAUUUUCGGCACUGGCCCAAGGGCGGCGCCGAACUGUGCCAGGUCAUGGACUUCCGGGCGUUUAGUGCCGCGCUCGUGCUGGUCCUCGGGCACUUGGUCGCGCCGGCGCAGUCACAGUUGGCGGCAGCCGAGGCGGACGCGGCGCGUGUGCGGGACGUGGCGCUGUGUCUGCGGCAGACGGCGGCGAUGAUGGAUUGCAGAGUGGCGGAGCAGGCGGUACGCACGCUGGACGUGCUAGACGCGGCGCAGCGUGGCGUAUACAUGGCGGAGGAUGACUACGAGGUCAUGGUCCCGUACUUUGGCAAGAUUCGGGCGCAACAACAACUACAGCAGAAGCCAGAGGACGCUGUUUCAGAUCACUUUAACACGGUCGAGUUUAACACGAAUGACUUCUUGGUGGAAUUCCCGGUGGAUAUGGGCGAGGCGGCGGAAUUAUGCUGCGACUGGGCAGAGCUCGGCCUGGGAUAUGGCUCGAUGGACUGGGGACACAGCUUCACGUGCGGGCCGUUUUUUGAUACAGAAGGCGCUGGUGCAACGUAG